ACAUUUCUAGUGAUGAAAAGAGAAAGCCGUGUGCCAUGUGAUGCUUUUUGAGCUGUCAGGACACCGUAGCAGUGGGAAGGUUUGCGAUCUCUCAAUCCUCUCUAUAGCAUUCCUCUUCGUUCUUUUUCCCAGGGUGAGAUGUAGCUGAGGCCCUGUAGUCAGGGAUCCGGCGAGGAUGUUCAGAAGCAGAGAGGAGGAUGCAAUGUUGCUGGUCCUCGCCGCCGCAGCUGUCCAGCCUAGGAGAGCUGAAGAUAGAGAAGGGGGAGGUCAGGAGCAGGUUGUCCCCGUUAGGAUCAGGCAGCCCCGUAGGUUCAGGAGGCGUACGUACCUCCUGGAUGGACUGUCCGACGAGGAGGUCGUGAGGAGGUACCGCCUGUCCCGUCCCGCCAUCCAGGAACUCCUCCGCCUGGUUGCGGAGGACCUGGAGCCGCAGACGAAGCGGAACAAGGCGCUGCCCGGCGUGUGCAAACUGCUGGCCGUCCUUCAGUUCCUUGGCAGCGCCACCUUUCAGCCGGUCACCUCCCUCCUCAACGGCAUGAGCCAGCCCACCUUUUCCAGAAUCCUGAGACAGGUGGUGGAGGCCGUCAUGAAGCAUUCGAGGAGGUUCGUCAAUUUCCCAGAGACCGCGGCCGAGUGGCAACAGGUGAAGCGCGGCUUUUUCCUAUCGGGGGGGAUGCCGGAUUGCCUGGGGGCCGUAGACUGCACCCACGUGGCGCUUGCACCUCCGCGCGAGGGAGAGGAAAUGUUUCGGAACCAGAAAAAUUUCCACUCUCUCAACGUGCAGGUGGUGUGCGAUUCUCAUUUACGCAUUAUGAGCGUGAACUCGGCGUUCCCCGGGAGCUGCGGCGACUCUUAUAUCCUUCGCCAGUCGGCCCUGUUCCACAAGUUUCAACAAGGACAGAUGCCGGAGGGCUGGCUUGUGGGAGAUGCAGGGUAUGGAGUGCAGACAUGGCUGAUGACCCCUCUGAAGGCAUCGAAGACGGUGGCGGAGAAGAGGUACAACUGUGCCCAUCGGAAGACGAGGGACUGCAUAGAGAGGCUGUUUGGGGUGUGGAAAUCGCGCUUCCGGUGUCUUUCCUCCACUGGGGGGAAACUGCUCUACGCUCCCACCAGGGUGGCCGACCUCGUAAUUGUCUGUGCCGUGCUCCAUAACCUGGCUUGUAAACAUGGCGUCCCGCAGGAGAUCGAUGAGGAACUCCCACCCGAGAUUGAGGGACUUCCGGCAACUGAGGGGGACUCCUCAGAGGCGGGUCGAAAGAGGAGGGCGCAGCUCAUCGCCUCCUAUUUCACUUAGCCCAGAGAAGGAGGGCGGCUGCCCCCCCCCCCCGGGGACUUUGUGUACCGCCUCUGUCUUCGGAUGGAGUGACGUUCUGUUCUGAGGUUCUCCGGAAGAAUGUUUUCAGAAUUUUGCGGGUUCUCCAAACAAUUUUACGUAUCAGAACUUUAUUGAUCACAACAGAAGACGCCGACCAACGGCGGUGUGCGGACCUUCACUACUGGAAAGGACAAUGACAGUUACUGGAUGAUGACCAAGUACAGGAUGGAUGACAGGGGCCCGGGCCUUUGCCUGUCCCAGAAUAUCGACAAACUCUACUAAAGUCUGGGUGACAGUCCUAAAACGACGAGGCGCAACCAAUUAGAGUCCUGCAAAGCACAAUGCACGCUAAAUGAAAGUAUGCCAGUCCUGCACACCAGAUGGCGCUGUUAUCUCUCACUGUUACCUGUCUGGACUUGCUGUAAUGGCCUAUGGAAAGCGCCGCCAUUUAGCGAGGCGUAACUAGAACCUUCAGGGCUCCCCCCGACUCAUAGUGGGACUGCGAUAUUGCGGCUGGACAAUCUGACA